AUGGAAAAGUCGCUCUCAGCUCACACGCUGCACAACGUUGCCCAUACCGAAGCCAACCUGAAACACAGCCAAUCUGGAGGUGGACUUUUCCCGAACACAGACGUGAAGCAAGUGGGACAAGUGCAAACCUACAAGCUGGGACCUCGCCUGGCGACCAAUCUUGUUGGCAAGGCUUUUGAUGGCAUUGAAGAUCUCAAUCGUGAGGAAUUGAGAAAAGAAGAUGGCUGGAAAUAUCUUCUUGCUCAUCUGGAAAAGACGCGAGGCAAGACCAAAGUGGACUUGCUGGGAGAUGCUUUUUCUGAAUUCUUUCUCAAGAAGGAAACUUUCCGUCGCGAUGGCGAAGAGAUGAAUGACUUCGAGGCCCGAUAUCGCACUCUGGUCCGAAAGAUGGAGAAAGCACUGGUGGCUGUAGGUUCUGCAAACAAGAUGCCGACAGAAGUGUUUGGGUGGUUCAUGGUCAAUGUCUUCAUGCGCCUGGAAUCUUCUGAUGCGGCAAAUGUUCGAGGACAAGCGGCCAGCUACAAGCUUGAAGAUGUGACCACGGCUUUGCACACGAUGUGGUCUAGUGGAAGCUUGGCUCAGCGAGAUGCUGAGAUUCGGAGACGUCGCAAGGAAGGUCAGACUUUCCUUUGUGAAGAUGAGGGCGGCCUUGGUGAAGUUCAUCAGGCUGAUGGACAGCAAGCCAUACUCUGGUAUCAAGAUGCCAAAGCGGCUCUAAUGGAAGAGCCUGAGGAUGAGGCGAUCCUGGCAAACUUCCGGGAAGCAAGACGGGCCCUUGAUCAGGCCCGGACCUCCAGAGGAUUCUAUCCAGUCCGGAAUCCGAACGCUCCUCGUCCAGAUGGCAAGGGCUAUGGCCGUGGCUUUGGAAAAGGUGGCGCAGACCACAGCGAGAUUGCGUGUGUGCGACGCGGGAAGAAAGGCCACAUAGCCCGCAACUGUCCUCAGAGAGCAGGAAACGCCAAGGGGCGUGGGAAAAAUGGUGCCGUGAACUUUGUUGGCUGGAUGGUGAGUGUGCAUGACGAAGAACUGCAGGACGACGAUGACGACAACCAUCCUCUGGGACCGUGGGAUCUGGAGGAAAACCUCGAUGACAUGUACCGUGAGGAAGUGACUCCUGCCUCAGCGUUCGUGGUGUCAAGCGUGGCACCGCCUGACAAUGAUGUGGGCACGAUUCUGAAAACGAAUGGUGGCGAGGAUGUUUUUCUCGCACAUGGUCCGAAAAAGGGCAUGGCCAUCAUUGACAGUGGCGCCUCAGAGAACAUCAUUGGCGAGGACACGCUUCAAGACCUUGCUGAAUGCCUCCGUGAGCUAGAGUUUGAUCCCAUGGAAGAGAUCGAGGUGGACCGAAACAUCCAUAAACAGUUCACCUAUGGUAAUAACUUGACCAGCGCAGGACUUGGCCUCACACAUGUCAACGCAGGCAUUUGCGGACAGGAAGUGCCAGUGCAAGCUCACAUGGUUGAAGGCGCAACCCCUUUUCUUCUCUCCGCUAAAUUUCUUUAUGAUCUGGAUGCGACCAUCAAUUUCAGAAAAGGGAUUGCUGUCUUUCGAAAGCUUUCUGAGCAGCAAAUCAAACUUGAGCGCAGUUCCAGUAAUCAUCUUUUGCUGCCCAUGACAGCUUUUGCUGGCAGAAGUGAAGUUCUUCAAGCUCUCGCUGUGGAUCAGACGGAGCUGACGCCAGUAUCCUUGAUCAAGCAGCGCAUUUUGACUGGAAACAACGUGACCCCAACGAGCAGCCAGUUCUUGGUCGAGACGAUAUCCCUUCUUUGCUUCUUCCUCCAGAUGGCGAAUCGCAACCUGAAGGACCUCUACAAUCAGCUCUACCCGAAGGAUCGCGAGCCAACCGCGGCUCAAAUCCAGGCAGAGCUCGAGCGGACCCUGAACAUCCCGGAGGCCGAGAUCGACAACUUCAAGAUUCAAGCCAGGAAGUACAAGGGCAAAACCUUCAGCGACCUGUACCAGGACAAGGGGUACGUGAAAUGGUUGACCGAGCACCAAACCGGCACUCGGAAGACCACCUCGGUCGGAAUGCGGCAGAUCCUCAUCCUUCUCGAGCGCCGCCUCGCGAGCGACAUUCAGAACCAGGGAGGAGUAGUCCGUCCGAAAACAGCACCCCAGGAGACUCCCGGGACCGGAAGCGCGGGCCUGCCGGCGCCGGGACACCAGAAGACUGUGACGGUCAAAGGGCCAAGCCUCGACGAGACGGACCUGGACGAGGAGAUGAGCCGAGUCGAGGCAGUGGAGAUCGGUCAGGUGGAGCUGCAGGAGUCCAUGAUCCAAAUGAACGAGUGCAUCGGGAAGAUGGAGCACAUGCUGGGCGCCAUCCUGACGGAGUUGCAGCGCACCGCCAUGAAGCAGGGAUCCGGGACGGAACCCCAGUGA